GAACUCCAGAUUUCGUUUUCGGCUUGCGACAUCUGAUUCACACUCUUAUCGGGAAUAUCUAGGGAAUGUGAGAUAGUUCUUCUAGAAAGAAUCCCUCCUUUCAUUCUACAAAGGAAUUCGAGCAUUCUUAUCUACGUCAGAAUCACAAAUCAAUACAUAGCAAGGCUUCAAUGGCUACCGCCAGCACCAACCGUUCAAACCCAAUAAAUCCGGAUUUCACCCUAUCUCCACGACAAGAGGAGUUACUUUUCGCUGCUCUCAACUCAAACAAAUCUGCAAACAAUAUGGACACUUCAAUUACUGCGUCGAGCAAUGGCCUUCCCAACACGUCUACAUCCGCAUUCAACGAAUCUCCGACCCAAGCGCCGGGUUCGGGUACAUUGAACGGAUUUGAAGAGAGUCCUUUUAUCGAUUAUGACUACGAAUUCGAAGGGGACGAUAGUUUUAAUUUCGACUUCACCAAUGAUUCGCAAGGACAAAUGAUCGGAAACUUACCUGGAACUUCAUCAGAUGGUGAUACUGAUAAUCAUGAAAAGAGAAGUCAUCCAGACGAUGAUGAUGAUGAAGAAGGUGGUGGUAAACGAAGAGAAGGAGAUGAUAAGUCGUCGAAGAAGCCCGGUAGAAAGCCUCUUACAUCAGAACCCACUUCAAAACGCAAGGCUCAAAAUCGUGCCGCCCAACGUGCAUUCCGUGAGCGAAAAGAAAAGCAUUUAAAGGAUCUUGAGACGAAGGUUGAGGAUCUAGAGAAAGCUUCCGAAUCUGCCAAUCAUGAGAAUAGUAUUCUAAGAGCGCAAAUCGAACGAAUGUCGAUGGAAUUGAGGGAAUACAAGAAAAGAUUGUCUGUCACAGGUGGUAUCAACCGAAGCCCAAAUGGCAACGUUCCAGCUUAUCUCGCAGGCAAAGGACUUCCAUCUGCAUCUGCUAAUCCAAAUGACGUCAACUUUCACUUUGAGUUCCCAAGAUUCGGUCGCCUUCCCGGACCCCCUAUCACUAACGGAAGCUCAUCAGUCGGGCCAUUCAAGUCCCCCGCUUCUACCGAGAAUUCUCAUAGUCCAACUGACAAGAGUCAAACUAGCUCCCGCAAUCAAUCUAAUGCGAGUACCUUUGGUGUUGGCUUGACUCAAACUCCAGCUCAGAUCGGCGAUGACAUGUCUUCAUUCUCCGGUUUAUUUUCCCCUGAACUUUUGGAAAGCGCAUCAAAAAGUUCACCAUUCGACGCUUUCGGAAACCUAACCAACGGUUCAAUGUCAAGUAACGGCUCACCCAACAUUUCUACCAAUGGUCAAAGUACGUCAUAUAGCUCACCGUCGGCUUCCUCGCAUUCCAACAAUGGAGCAAGUUCAUCUUGUGGAACCUCUCCAGAACCUACCAACAUGCAAUCACCAUACAACAAAGCUAUUGACAGCACGUUGACAACAAUUGGAGAAGAGAAUACUUGUAGCAACAGCAACUUAGCACCAGGUGAGCUGUCCUUCUGCGAAAAGCUCAACAUGGCUUGCGGCAAUGCCAACAAUCCCAUUCCACGUACAAUGUCUGAACCCGGUAUCAAUUCAGGAAAUUUAGAAACUGCCGUUUUCGAUGUCAAUGGCAUUGAUUGGUUCGCUCAACAAAACAACAAUCAAUUUGAUCCUCAACUCUUUGGUGAUUAUCGCGAACCUCAAAAUAACGUUCUUUCGAACGACCCUUUUGCUCUUGAUGAUGGUUUCUUCGCCGAUGCAUUCGAGAUGCCAGAUUUCAAUACUCCGUUCAACGUUCCAAGUCCUGCAGCCACAAAGAAGGAUCUUGUACAACAAAUCGAUGAAAAGCAGAAUGAAGACAAUGAGGUAGUUCCAGGUGAAGAUAGAUCAACAAUGCUUAGUUGCAACACCAUUUGGGAUCGUCUCCAAAAUUGUCCUAAGGUGAAAGAAGGCGAAUUUGACCUUGAUGGUCUUUGCAAGGAUCUUCAAAAGAAAGCCAAAUGUUCGGAAACGGGCGCCGUCGUCAAUGAAUCUGAUUUUCAGAAAAUCAUGAAGAAUUAUGCCCCUCAAGGCUGCGACUCUACGACUUCUCCACCGGCCAAGAAGGCAUAAAUGAUUGAUCGGAUUUACACUUUGGGAUUAUACCUAUAUUGGAACGGAAUGGCGUUGCAAGCACAUUAAAAUGACCACAAGGUCGGACCAUGGUUAAGGAUAACAUUUUGCUAGGACAAAGCAAUAUUUUUGGCGCCCAUAUGGUCAUGAUACAUCUCAUGGACCUGGAUUGAUUUUUGUUUCUCUUUUUCUUUGGGGGGCUCGGAAUAGGAAUUCGGUUACCUGACACUUUUACCCUUUUCGGUCUGAUUUGAUUGGUUGUUGGCUCGUUGAUUGGAGUGAUUUGUAGUGUUUGAUGAUAAGCCGGUUCUAUGGAGUAGGUACAUCUUGUGAUGGCUCGGGGGAUGGAUAAGUUGACAGUAGAUUGUUGACUUGUCAUUUCAAUCUGGUUCGCUGGAUGGAGGGAACUAUCCAUCUCUACCUUAGUGCUGUGAGAUGGAGAUGAUGUGCAUGGGGGGAAAGGGAAUGGAUACGGGAAUGAUGAUAUGAAUGAAUGGUCUGGUAUGGUUGAUAUGGUACAGGAAUCGAUAGGCAUUACAUAGCAAAUAGCAAUUUAGCA